GGCGGGUCCUAAUUGACUAGUAGCUGCAAGCGGUGGGGUUAAGCCCGACGCUGCGGCCCUGGCCUAGGCUCGAUCCCUUAUCUCUAAAGCAGCCCCUUGGGCCUGCGGCCACAGUCUCACGCCAUGGAUCGCCAUCUCUGCACGUGUCGCGAGGCCCAGCUCCGGAGUGGCCUCCUGCUCCCCCUGUUUCUACUAAUGAUGCUGGCAGACCUGGCGCUCCCGGCCCAACGUCACCCCCCGGUGGUGCUGGUGCCUGGUGAUUUGGGUAACCAGUUGGAAGCAAAGCUGGAUAAGCCAAAGGUUGUACACUACCUUUGCUCCAAGAGAACGGACAGCUACUUCACACUCUGGCUGAAUCUCGAACUGCUUCUGCCUGUUAUCAUUGAUUGCUGGAUUGACAAUAUCAGGUUGGUUUACAACAGAACAUCUCGGGCCACCCAGUUUCCCGAUGGUGUAGACGUGCGUGUCCCUGGCUUUGGGGAAACAUAUUCUAUGGAAUUCCUAGACCCCAGCAAAAGGAAUGUGGGUUCCUAUUUCUACACUAUGGUGGAGAGCCUUGUGGGCUGGGGCUACACACGGGGUGAAGAUGUCCGCGGUGCUCCCUAUGAUUGGCGCCGAGCCCCAAAUGAAAACGGGCCCUACUUCUUGGCCCUUCGAGAGAUGAUCGAGGAGAUGUACCAGAAGUAUGGGGGCCCCGUGGUGCUGGUCGCCCACAGCAUGGGCAACAUGUACGUGCUCUACUUUCUGCAGCGGCAACCACAAGCCUGGAAGGACAAGUAUAUCCAUGCCUUCGUCUCAUUGGGUGCGCCCUGGGGGGGCGUGGCCAAGACCCUGCGUGUCCUCGCCUCAGGAGACAACAAUCGCAUCCCUGUCAUUGGGCCCCUGAAGAUCCGGGAACAGCAGCGAUCCGCUGAGAUCACCUUUCCCAGAUUCAGCAUCUUACCUGCCUGCCUUCUGAGUCAUACAGGCAGCCAUACAAAGAGAUCAGACACAGGCCUGCUGCAGCUUCACCAGAAGGCCUUUGCUUCAGAUCCUGGGAAACUUUCGAGCCCUGAAAACCCAGGAGUGGAAGAUAUAGAGGUCCACAGUGUCCUCUGA